AGUCUGGCGCCAGACUCUGUGCCGCUCAGUGGCUGCUGCUCUUGCCUCCCAGAGGAGCGUGAAGGGAAAGCCAAGGCAAGGGGAGUCUCUGAGGGUGUUCCCGCGGUCAGUGUGAGGGUUGCCAUGGCGACGGGGCGCCCCUUCGAGAUGGUGGUCUUCGCGGCCUCGGGCUUCACCGGGCAGCACGUGGCGGAGGAGGUGGCCCGGGUGGCCUCCGAGGAGGAGAUGCGGGGCUCCCUCCGCUGGGCGGUGGCUGGCAGGAGCCGCGAGAAGCUCCAGGCGGUGCUCGACAAGGUGGCUGCCAAGCUGGGGAAACCAGAACUGAAGUCAGAAGUUGGCAUAAUACUAUGUGAUGUCAGUGAUCCAUCCUCUCUUGCUAAUAUGGCUAAACAAACAGCUGUUGUUCUCAACUGUGUAGGCCCAUACAGUAUUUUUGGAGAACCUGUGGUGAAAGCUUGUGUGGAGAAUGGUGCAAGCUGUGUUGAUAUUAGUGGAGAACCCCAGUUUCUGGAAGGAAUAUAUUUGAACUACAAUGACGAAGCUGAAGAAAAAGGAGUAUAUAUUGUUGGAAGCUGUGGUUUUGAUUCUAUUCCAGCAGAUAUGGGGGUAUUGUUUACCAAAAACAAUUUGAAAGGUACCUUAACAGCACUGGAAAGUUUCCUGACUAUUAAUUUUGGCCCAGAGGGUGCCUGUCUUCAUGAGGGUACCUGGCAGUCAGCAAUAUAUGUUCUUGCUGAACAAGGAAAGCUCAAGAAAAUUCGACGACAAAUAGGACAUAAACCCAUUCCAGUGAUUGGGGCAAAACUUAAGAGGAGAGGUGAAGUGUUUUACUGUAAUGAACUUCAGAAGUAUUCCGUUCCAUUUACGGAAUCAGAUCCUGCUGUGGUAACACGAACUCAGCGCUAUUUGCACACACAUCUGCAGGAGACACCUGUACAAUAUGCUGCUUAUUUCACCGCUGGUGGUCUUGGAUCUGUCAUUAAGCUGAUGUUUGUUGGCCUUUGGUUUUUAAUAUUUGCGAAAUUCAAUUGUGGAAGAAAGCUCCUGAUAAAAUAUCCUGAAUUUUUUUCUCGAGGAUAUUUUAGAAAAGAAGGGCCAACAGAAAAACAGAUAGAAGGAACAUCCUUUGAAAUGAUAUUUUUGGGUGAGGGAUACAGCUUAGGAAAAGAUCCACAACAGGGCAAACCAGAUGUUAAAAUAUGCACUCGAGUGAAGGGACCAGAACCUGGCUAUGUUGCUACACCUAGAGCAAUGGUUCAGGCAGGUGUGACACUGCUGAAGGACAAGAGUUCUCUUCCUAAAAAAGGAGGUGUCUAUACUCCAGGGGCUGUGUUCUCAAAAACAAAAUUUAUUGACAGACUCAACAAGCAUGGAAUUGAAUUCUCUGUUAUUAGUAAGCCUGAAGCCUGAAAAAAAAAAUACUCUGAAGAGACAUCAUGACCAGCAAACCUUCAAUGGUACUCGUAUAUCAAAAAUAACAACAACAGAAAUUAGGAAAGUUUGCUAAAUUUAAUAAAGUACUUGUGUUUUGAAUAUGUGUUCCCUACUGUGGUCAGAAAUGAGAAUAAGAGAGGCUGAAUUUUUACUAUUGGAAAUUUAAGCUGGACAUUCUGGACAUUUCAACACAGCAGAAGUUAAUCUAAAGAAAAUAUUACUGUAUUAAUUAGUAAUAGUACUGUAGAAUUAUUUUGCAAGUUAGAAAGGCUUGAAAUUAAGAAGCUCAUCCAACAUAAUUCUCAGAUGAAAGCAAGUUCUCACUAUGGUAAUCUGUAACCUAUUUGGGUUUUUAAUGUAGUUACUAUAAAUGUAGCACUUAUUUUUGUUGGGAAUUUGUAAGUUGUUGGUGAUUCUGUUCUAAAGUGUGUGCCUUAAGUGACCAAAUAUCUGUUGACAGGAGAGGACAGUUUCUCAAAUGAAUAAUAUAUAGCAGAAGGGUCUCUUGAAGAGUUCCUGUAAUUUUGAUUUAAUUUUUGGAGUACUGUAUUACAUGACAGACAGGCCUCUGCCCAGCUAUAGUUAGGCCAGUAUUCUAGCCACUUUCCCUUUUACUGAGUGUUCCUUCACAGACAAUUGGGCCUCUGUCUUACAGUUAAAUAAAGCUCGAGUCUACUCUUAGACUUAAAGUCCUAUUGACCAGUGAGCUUCACCAUUCAUAUUCAGAGGCAGUCAAUAAAUUCCCAUAGGGCUUGUCACAAUCAGCUCAACUCACUUAACAAUUUUUCCUACACCAUAUUUGAUGCAAGGGAGAACAUUUAUGCUUUUUUAAAAAUAGUAGCUUUAUAGCCUGAACACUUGUGGCAAAUUAAGCAUGAAUGAGUUAUCUGAUACUCCUUUUCUGUUGAGGUAAUCUCCUUAGGGAAAAUAGGGUACUAAUGAAUAUAGGAGAAAAAUGCUACUUAUUAUUAUUUUUCAAUAUAAUAAAAGAAGGUUGCAAGUUC